CCCCGCCGGCCGCGUCCGCCCGGCGCGCGGCCGCCCCCCCCUCCGCCCCCGCUGCCUCCGCCCCCUGCUCCGGCCCCCCGCCGGCCGCGUCGCCGCCGGCGCGCGCCCCCUGCCCCCCGCUGGCGGGCGGCCCAGCGGCG